CUUGCGGCACGGGUUUUUCUACGCCUUCUAACACUGCGCCAUUGUUUUUAUACGAAAAAUAAAAUCAUCCGCUGUUGCCGUCCCACUGAAUUCUUAUUUCCUGUGGCCACUAAUAAAAAUAAAGAUUUCGCCACUGGCAGGGUGUUCAGCAUACCACAGAGAGUGCAAUGAAUCUGACGGAGCAGAAUCCGUACGGAAAUGGGCUGCUCUAUGCAGCUUUUAACCAGGACCAGGGAUGCUUUGCCUGUGCGACGGACACGGGAUUCCGCGUCUACAACUGUGAUCCGCUGAAAGAGAAGGAGCGCCAGUACUUUCCAGAGGGUGGUCUCGGCCAUGUGGAGAUGUUGUUCCGCUGCAAUUAUCUGGCUCUGGUGGGCGGUGGCAUCCGGCCCCUCUAUCCCCCAAAUAAAGUGAUCGUGUGGGACGAUCUCAAAAAGUCACCAGCUAUAUCGUUGGACUUCAACCAGCCAGUGCGGGCAGUGAGACUACGUCGGGAUCGUAUUGUGGUUGUCCUGGAAGGUGUGAUAAAAGUGUUCACAUUCACGCAACAGCCGCAGCAGUUGCAUGUGUUCGAGACCAGUUCCAAUCCGAAUGGGUUAUGUGUGCUGUGUCCGCACAGCAAUAAGAGCCUCCUCGCAUUCCCCGGCCGGCGCACCGGUCACGUCCAGAUUGUGGACUUGGCCAACACUGAGCGUGCUCCUUUGGAAGUGAUUGCCCACGAGGCGGCAAUUUGCUGCAUCGCCCUGAACUUACAGGGCACCCGACUGGCUACUGCGGGGGAGAAGGGCACCCUCAUUCGCAUCUUCGACACGGAGAGUGGCAAGAAGGUUUCGGAACUGAGAAGAGGUAGCAAUCACGCCAAUAUAUUUUGCAUCAACUUCAACCAUCAGAGCACCAUGCUGGUUGUAGCCUCCGAUCACGGAACCAUUCACGUCUUCAGCCUGGAGGAUAACAAGCCGCGUGAAUCGUCUCUGCCUAUAUUACCGAAGUAUUUCUCGAGCCAGUGGAGCUUCGUUAAGUUCUCAAUACCCCAGGGACCCAGAUGUGUUUGUGCCUUCGGUGCCGACCCGAAUUCGGUUGUGGCCAUUUGUGCGGACGGCCAUUAUUAUAAAUUCCUAUUCAAUAACAAGGGCGAAUGCAGUCGGGACAUCUGCACACAAUUCCUCGAGCUACAGGACGACGAGACAUAGGAAACAACCAGCGUUAGCUGCAUCUUUAAAAUUAUAUAUCUCCAAGGAAAUGUGUUAUACAAUACUACUUAUAAGCAUGCUUUAAAAUACGUUAAAAGUCGAGUUCACAUAAAAGUUAGCUUAACAUUGAGACAAA